AUGGAUAAGAUACAAACCAUUGUCAGAAUUCCUUCUGCGGACGACGCGAACGAUAAAACUCUGACCAGCACCCUCGCCAGCAUCGUCAACACAUCUUAUAAGAUAGCGGAGAGCGAUAUAUUUGUUCCUUCAUACCAGCGCACCUCAGAGUCAGAGAUCGCACAAUUUAUUCGCAACGGGCAACUUGCAGUCGCAUACCUCGUCUCUAGCAAUGAACCCAUCGGCUGUGUCUUCAUUAAAUUACUCACACCCGCUCUUGGGGAGUUUGGGAUGCUGGCGCUGGACACCAAGCUUCAAGGUACUGGCUUGGGACGUCAGCUGACUAUCUUCGCGGAGGACGAGUGCCGAAGUCGGGGUUGCACAACUAUGCAGCUUGAAAUCCUCGUUCCAUCAACGUUUCACCACGAGGGAAAGGCGAGGUUGUUGAGCUGGUAUGGCAGAAUGGGAUAUAAACUUGUCAAGUUGGGAAACUUUGGUGACGAUUAUCCUGAUCUGUUCAAAUUGUUAGCUGGACCAACGGAGUAUAGAAUUUUCGAGAAGACUCUUGUCUGA